AUGAAGUCAGUGCAUCUACAUAUUAACCGAUUUCACAUUCUCAUAUUUGUUCUAUGGCAAUUAGCAUUGGCAUUUGUUGCACAAGAAGUUUUUCCAACAUUUUUCAACUAUUAUCCCCAGCGACUGUCGGAUUAUAAAAGAACCAUGAAUUUUUCGAAAAAAAUUUGCAAAGAUGAUGGACAAGAACAAUGUGAAUUGCUUAGCGAUUGUAAGAAUAUUACUGUUCUCAAAACACCUUUCUAUGGGAUCGUCGAACAUUUCCACUUAUAUUGCGGUGAUGACGCUUAUUCAGCAACUUUGGUCGCUACAUGGCAGUUUCUUGGAGUAUUUUGUGGCACAGUAAUUUAUGGCCACGUAGGUGAUCUUCUUGGCCGAAAACCUACAACAAUUAUUGGAUUGUUAAUUGGCCUGAUUUCUGGGAUUAUUAGCGGUUUUGCGACAUCUUGGAAAUGGUUUGCGGUUUUCCGAUUCGUUGCAGGCACAUCUAUGGCUUGUAUAGUAGUCGUAUUUUCAACAUACGUUAUGGAAUUAAUUUUACCAGAACAACGAGUUUUCCUUCGAUCUUUUUUCAAUUGGGGAUAUGCCAGGGCUAUAUUAACCUUGAUUUGCUUUCUUCUUCCUCGAUGGCAGUACACUAGUAUUGCUAAUGCUUGUUUAGUUUUACCUGUAAUACUUGCUAUUUUCUUUGUACCUGAAAGUCCAAAAUGGUAUGCAGCAAAAGCUAAUCCAUCUCUUUCAUUUCAUCCGCAUAUUUAUACAAUGCGAGAUUUAUUUAGCAAUAAAAAUACUGCUUUUCACACUAUACCACUUUGCGCUAUUUGGUUCUUCGGUGGAGUUUGCACGUUCGGCAUUGAUCUGAAUUCAAAAAAUUUAGGUGGUGAAUUUUUUCUCAACCAGUUUAUUAUGAGCUUUUCGAUUGCCAUUAUUAAAGCAGGUAUUUUUUUUGUGGACACAUAUGUGCCAAAAUUUGGCCGCCGUUUACUAUUCCAAAUACCUCAAAGUGUAAUGCUGAUUUGUUUUGCAACGAUUUCACUUAUUAUGAUCAUAAAUGAUUCGUUGCAAUGUGAGACAUCAUUAAUUAACUGGACAAUAAUUAUCCUUAAUUUUAUUGGAAUCUCUUUUGUUGAAGUUACCUGGGAUGCACUAUAUAUUUGUGUUGCUGAAUAUUUUCCAACUGAGAUUCGUGCUAUAGGUACAAGCACAUGUUCGAUGAUGGCAAGAGUUGGCACACUAUUAGCUCCUCAAAUAGUAUAUAUGGCAUCAUUUUAUAAACCUGCACUCUAUAUUGCUGUGGUUAUCGUUGGAGGUUCAAGCCUUCUAUUAUCAGUAAUUUAUCUUCCGGAAACUAAAGGAGUAGAAUUAUCAUCAGUGAAUUAUCUCGAAUUAGAACAGUCGAAAAAAAGGUCUAAUGCGACGGCAAGUUUAGUUUGA